UUGAUUUUGUUUUCUUAUCACCGACUCUCAUCAUUUUAUGACAAAGCUCAGUUUGUUAUCAUAUGAAACUAUACACAUUUUAAAUCAGGCGUUUUAAUACAUCAUGAGAUCUGAGUUUACUAUACCACCUGUGGUAGAUUUUUGUUCUUUGUCGGGUAAAAACGAAGACUCUUGCGAUGUUUUGCAUCUCAAGUCAGUCGGAACUGAAUUGGUAUCUGCUUUGAAGUCUACCGGAUUCCUGUACUUGAAGAACACUGAAGUCAGUCGAGAUGAAGUGGUCGCGCUGAACAGAGUGGCAGGUGACUUUUUUGAUGAGCCGACUGAGUUUAAGAAUCAGUUCGCAAUAGACAGGGCGAAUGGAGUUUUCCAUGGCUACAUGGGACACAAGCUGGAAAACUUGGACCCUACGAACCCCAGUGACCUGAAGGAGGCGUUCAAAAUGUUGCCCCCUUGUGACCUCUGGCCCAACAACCCGAAUGGACUCCAGUUUAAACAACGGACAAUGAACGCAUACAACAAGUUGCACUGCAUCGCUACGAAGAUAAUGAGAGCAUUGGCUGCAGGUCUGGAUCUUGAAACGGAUUUCUUCACCAGGCACCAUCAGCAGAUUGCACAGGGCGACAACCUCUCCUCUCUAAAACUCCUCAACUAUCCAGAGCUGAGAGAAAUACACAUGACAGGACUGAAAGAGGGACAACUUAGGGCUGGGGAACACACCGACUUCGGAACUCUAUCAUUAUUGUUGUCAGAAGACAUAAGUGGACUCCAAAUAAAGAAUAAAGAUGGUGAUUACGUAAGCAUAGCUCAGCCGGAAGAUCCAAGCUACAUUCUGCUAUUUUUGGGCGACCUAUUUCAAAGAUGGACCAACGACUAUCUUUUUGCGGGGAAGCACCGAGUAACAUUCGGCAAAGGUGAGCAAAUGAAUAUACACGAAAGAACAGACGCUACGAAAGACAACGACAAGCGAGUUUGUUCACGAAGACAGUUCAUUGCGUUCUUCGUAGUACCCGACCACUACUCGGUUGUAUGUCCAUAUAUGGAACCAGCGAAAUAUAAGCCUGUAGUAGCUUUAGAAUACAUGCAGCAGAGUAUCACAACUAUUUUCCCAGAAAUAUUGCCACAGAAAUAGAGCUCUGAAAUACACGCUUAUGCUUAUGGCCAUUAAACGCGAAGAUGUAUGUCAAGAUAAUCAAAGACUCGAAUCCAAGAAACAAGAUCGUUGGUAUUUUAACUCAAAAUCAGUUAGUUAUUAUUUAUCUCACUGACCAAUCAUUAGAAUACAGAUUGUUUUUUUAGAUUGUUUUUAGCGAGCAGUAUUGAUUGACAUCAGUUUAGCCUCACUUCUUUCUAUAUAAAUUAUUGUGCUAGGAAGACACGUAAGACUGCUCGCUAAAAACAAUUUGAAAAAAUAGAGCUAUCAUCAUUUUCGCUCUAUCAAAAAAACUAUUUAAAGGAGUGUAAUUUAAUUUCAUGCUGAUCUAAAUAACCGCAAAUAAUCCGACUGCCAUUUGAAAUAUAUUUGAAGGU